AUGACCUUGCUCAAGCUGUCCCUCAUGGCCUUCAGCAUCGUCUUCUGGGCAGCGGGGCUGGCCAUGUUUAUCAUCGGCCUCUGGGCCACUGUGUUUCUGGGGAGCUACCUGGAGCUCUCAGCCAACAGCAGUCCCAGUGCCCCUGCCAUCCUCUUGGCCACCGGCGCUGUUGUCAUCAUCUGGGGCUUCCUGGGCUGCUUCGGUGCUGCCACGGAGCACCGGGGGCUCCUGCGUGCCUACAUCGCCUUCCUGACCACUGUGAUGGCAGCCGGGCUGGCGGCGGGGCUCUCGGCACUCCUCUACCGCCAGAACAUUGCGCAGGGAUUCCAGGAAGGACUGCACCAGGCCCUGCUCACCUACGGGAAGGACGAGGGGAUGGCGGAUGCCCUGGAUGCUUUGCAGCGCUCCUUGUCCUGCUGCGGUGUGCAGAGCUACUGGGACUGGCUCACCACACCCUGGGGGCUGGAGCAGAACGGCUCCGUGCCCUUCAGCUGCUGCCAGGCCCGCCAGGGCUGCCACCGCAGCCCUCCUGACACACGCGGGCUGCACCACGACGGGUGCUUCCCCAAGGUGUUGGCCUUCGUCAGCAGCAAUAUGUUCUGUAUUGCCACGGCUGCCCUGGGGCUGGCGCUGCUGCAGCUCCUAGGCAUCGUGCUGGCUUGCCUGCUGGCUGCCCGUAUCCCUGCCCGCCUGAUGGGCAUCGCCACCCUGCCCUGA